GGCUUUUCCCUGAGAAUGUUUCUCCUUGCAGGCAGUUCCAAGGCUGCAUCUUUGCACUGGACAGGGGAGCGAGCUGUCAGUGUGCUGCUGCUGGGGCUGCUCCCUGCAGCCUACCUGUGCCCUGGACCAGCUGUGGACUAUUCCCUGGCUGCAGCCCUCACCCUGCACGGCCACUGGGGUCUGGGCCAGGUAAUCACUGAUUAUGUGCAUGGAGAUGUGCCCAAUAAAGUGGCCAACGUGGGGCUCUAUGUGCUGUCUGCCCUGACCUUCGCUGGCCUCUGCCACUUCAACUACCACGACGUGGGCAUCUGCAAGGCUGUGGCCAUGCUCUGGAGCCUCUGAGCAGCCCCAGCCCCCACCAGUCUCCUCUGCUGCCUCUGCUUCUUCAGCUUGUGAGCAACAUCCUGCACAGCAAAGGAACAGCCAAGGGUCCCCAGUGAGCCUGCAGGGGGCUCACAGCUAGUUGAGAAUAU